AUGUGUGAAAGAAAGCCGCCAAUCGCGCUGUUGGCUUACGCGCCGUGUGCUGUGUUUAUAUGUUUACUGGCAGUCAGGACAACGUUAUGCGUGCCAACACACUUCAUGGAAACGGAGCGUUACAGGUACAGCGUGGACCUGGACGCGGAACAGACCGAAGCCCGGUACGAUCAGGGCAUGCUGUCCGACAUCAUUAACGAUAACGAUCGUGGCGAGCUGCAGAAGGCGGAAUCGUGCAUGGUGGAUAACUUCAAAUAUGACCACGGCCAAAAGCUACAAAGGCUUGAUCCGUGCGAGAUAUGCCUCUGCAUUGAUGGUGAAAUAUUCUGCUGGUGGAAGCAAUGUGAUCCACUGCUGAAAACGAGUCAUGAGUACGAAGAGGAUCACUUAGCCGAGUCCUCGCCGAUACUGGACCAUCCCUCGCUCGGAACGGCUGCAGAACUUUCCACCAUCAUAAACGCGGCAAACGCCACAAAUGAAUCCGCCAACGGUUCGACACGACUGUCCCUUGCCGAUACGCUCAGCGAUAGCGGCACGACGGCGUUCAGCAGCACGGUGGCACUUUCAACACCAUCCUCACAUGGACGCGAUGGCGAUGCUACGAUUCUGGAACCGAGUGUCCGCCACGGAUCCGCCGGUCAUCUGCAAGACGCCCUCGAGGGCAUACCACAGAACAUUCUUAGCUUUCCACAGUCCCCGCCGAUCAUGAUGUACCGGCCGAUCUCGAGCGGACCGGUGACCGCUAGCAAUCCAACCCGAGAUGACAAGGACCAAGUGGGAGGACGGAAAAAGGAGGGCAAAGGAAAGGGCGUUGGUCAUAAGAAAGCGAAGGAGCACAAAAAGUCAGCCAAGGCUCAGCCAUCGAAGGGAUAUGCGUUCGAUGUGAAGCGAAAACCAACCGUCUCCAUUGCCAGUGAUGCACUUCCACGGAAGGACAUUGGAGUGACCGAGUCGGAUCGUAGUGUGCGUGAGAAGGAAACCACAGAACCGGUGCAUCAGCAGCCGACAAGUGAGGAAGCAUCGGUUUCGGAACCGGAACAGUUCGGUGGCUAUGGGUUCGGAAUGAUUCACGAGCCGGAGUCGGAUCACAGUUCACAACAGCGUGGCCGGGAUCGGGACGUACCGCAGCACUACAUCAUCACCUCGUCGGGACACGUGGAGAUGUUUGACGAUAGUGGCACAAUCGGCGGCCCUGAGAUCGGCUCGGAUCACCAGGAUGUGCUCAGCUUCGACGGUCGCGUCUCGUCGCCAGUUUUGCAAGACCACGGAUCCGCCAGUGAGUCCGCGAGCGAGGACUCCAGUGGAACGGACAGUGAUGAGACCGAUGAGAGUAAAGCGAAUGACGACGGAGGACCGGUUGCACCGGCGAUCAUGCUAACCACGAACGUAACCCAGGGAAAGUACAGCGUCCGGUCGAGCACGACGAUUCCGCCAGCACCGCCGUCUUCCGUGAUCGACAUCCUGAACACGACGACACUGGAGACAGAUUACGGCGAGGGAACGAAUCAUUCGGAAUUGAUCUACCCCGAGGUUCCGUCGGAAAAUACCCAAGAAACCGCCGGAAGUAGUAGCGGUAGUAUAAGCAGCAGUAGUAGUACGACAAGAUCACCGACGGAGAGCACUGCAGAGAAUGUGACGCAAGAAGAACCACACUGCGUUGUUUUAGGCGUCACGUAUCCGGUCGGAGCCGAAGUCAAGAAGGUGGGCCUCUGUAUGUACUGCGUCUGUGAAGCCGGCCCGGACUAUGACAGUUCACCGCGGGUGUCCUGCACGCGCCUCAACUGUCCACCCUUGAUACUGCCCGACAUGCUGGACGAGGCCGGAUAUUAGAAGUUGUCGGGCAGGAUUGGUCCACGGUAGAACGUCAAAGAAGGUUACACCUGAUGUCAAAGUUUGCCUCUCUGACGACCGAGCGUACGGGAACCUGAAAUCCGUUAGAAAACGUGCUUAAUUCCGUAAGUGAAGCAUCAAUAACGCAUCAUCAACAACAGUUAAUGCAACGGCAACAACAACAACAGCAACUUCUACUACUAAUACUACUAGAACAUAUAAACAGGGGAAAAGAUACAUAGCGGAACAAACUAUUUAGCGUAAUGGAAGUAAGCGAGUGAAACAAUAAAAAGGUGAAAAAUCAAACGCAAAAAUCGCGGGAAGGAAUCUAUACCAAAUGUUCUUGAACAAGAGAGAUAAUGACGGUCGACUAUAUCAUAGGGGAAGCAUACAAACAAUAGACAACCGUAGUUUAGAAACCUAGCCUAGUAAAGUAAUAGGUAAAGAUGGACCGAUCAGUGUAGUUGUGUGAUGUUAUGGAGCAUUUUCAUCCGUUUCAAUGCUUCUUUGUGCUCGAACCACAUACGCAGGAGGCACUGUUGAAGCGAUCGUUGGGGAAACUUCUUUUCUUCGACGAUGUUUCUGUAUCUUGAAAACUAGUUUCAAGAUUGUCGA